ACGGACGAAGAGAAGACACCAGAGGCGAAAACAGGAGAAGCUGUCAAAAUGGACAUAAACAAAACUUUUUUUGUCCCAUUUGACGAAAUAGAAGAACCAGAAGAAAAAACAGAGAGCGAACAACAUGUUGGGCUUCGUGGCGCACCAACAGAAGUCACGAUCCACCACGACGCAAAAUACUCAAAUAUCAGCGCGGAGAUGAGCAACAACAACGAAUUGAGUGAGGUGCUCAAACUGCUGGCAACAAAAAUUACACAAAACGAUUCCAGUAAAAAUAAUAUCCCAAUCGAGAGCUUUUCUAAGGUUGUUCCUGAGUUUGAUGGAGUGUCAAUUCCAAUUAAGCAGUGGAUAAAAUGUUUUGAUGAAAAUGCCGACGCCUACGAAUUGACUGACAAGCAGAAAUAUGUGAACGCUCGUAUAAAAAUUAAGGGAACAGCAAAGUUAUUCCUGGAGACCACCACUGUGUCGGAUUAUCAUACGUUGAUUGGAUUGCUGUUGGAUGAAUUUGACAAGACCCUGACCAGCGCUGAGGUACAUAAGCAGCUAAGCGAACGAAAGAAACACGAAAACGAGAAUUUUCACGAAUACGUCUUAAAUAUGCGAAAGAUAGCUGCUCUUGGAUGUGUAGAUGAUUAUGACAAAAUCAGCAGUGGACCGCAAACAAGCAGCGAAAAAGUAUGACGUCGGUAAAGCAGGAACUCUGGGAAAACGAUUUGACCAGAAUCAAAGGCAUUGUUUCAACUGUGGAUCAACGCAACAUAUGAGAGCCGAAUGCAAGGAAGAUACUAAGUGCUUUAAAUGCAACGGCAGUGGACAUACAUCCCGUGAUUGUCUGGGCUUAAAACCAAGCGUCAAUAUAAUCAGCGAGACAAGGGAAAAGGUGCUGUUCAUCAAUAAUAAAACUGUGUCAUGUCUAGUCGAUACAGGAGCUGACGUGUCUCUUAUGCGAAUGAAAAUAUACAAGGAGAAAUUUGCUGAAUAUCCACUGCAGAAAAGUUUUGCUAAAUUGUACGGCCUAGGAAACAUUGUCACAUCUGUGCUGGGUGCGUUAGAUGUGCAAGUGCUGGUUGAUGGAAUUCGUACGGAACAUAAAUUUCUCAUCGUUCCCGAUACAAAACUCAAUGUCAACAUAAUUAUUGGCUACGACUUUCUCAAAAAAUUUAUUGUUGUUUUGGAAAAUGGAAAGUAUGCUUUUACAGA